AUGAACAAACAACCAUCUCCAGCCAUUGACGUGGAUGAAAAGGCCAAGAGCGAGGAGCCACCUUUAGUUUUCGUGACUGUAAGACAAAGAAGUGCUGUGUCGAGAAGGGCGGAUGAUACUGAUACGUGGGGGAUUGAUGAAAUCGAUGCUAAAGAAGAGUGUAAACUUAUUCUAAAAGAUGGAAAUGCUACGGUAAGUUAUUUUAUUGUUUUUGGAGGAUUUUAUGGUAAGGAUGAUGCUGUUUUGGAAGUUGGAUGGCAUUUUAGGUAAUAUCUUUAGGGUUUAUUUGAAUAUUUGCAGAAUUCAAUGUUGUCGAGACUGAAUACAUUUCGUAGAAACCGUGAACUAUGUGACGUUGUGUUAUUUAUUAAGGAACGAGAGAUUUUGGCUCAUAAAGUUGUGUUAGCUGCUUUAUCUAACUCACUUUUGGAUAUGUUUGUUAGCGGCGAUGAAAGUUGUAAGUUUAUCUUUUUUUCUUGAUAUUUUAUAUUUUAGUGUUUUUGCUAUGUCGUGCAUAACAGAUAAAGCUAGUUUUGUUGAAGUAUUUUGUCUAGAAACUUAACAAGGUUCUAACCAUGUAUAAUAUAAAAGUUAUCAUAAAUUAAACUUUCAGCUCCUAAAACAACAUCUCACGAUUCUGUUGGUAACAUGUCAUAUUUCGAAUUCAAUCAAGGCGAUUACGAAUGUUUCGAAGCGCUGGUCGACUUUGCCUACACUGGAAUAUUAUCCAUCAGCAAUCGGAAAGUAGCCGAUCUCUACAAGACUUCCUACGCAUUGCAAGUGAAUUCUGUGGCCAUGGCUUGUGCCAGGCACUUGGCCGACAAUCUUAGCUAUGGUAAUUGUAUUGGAAUCAGAAGACAUGCCAACUUCAACAACGAUUCUUAUCUUGUGAACAAGGUGGACUCCUUUAUCAACGAGAAUAUUGAUAGUAUUAUAUCGGAAAGCGUCGAGUUUACUCAAUUACCUUGUGUUAAGCUAAGGAUAAUCGUACCCAAGUAUGAGCAGUUUAAUCAGGAUGCUGGUGUUAGUUUGGCCGAGAGAUCUUUGGCCUAUUUCCAGAAAUAUCCAAAGAUUUCUGAUAGGGUAGAUCAACAAAUUGAGGCGUUGGUGCAAAAGGUAAUAUUUUUUUGUGAUUUUCAUCCAAUUUUAAUGUUUUAGGCCAAAUUUAAUCUCUUUUACACUCUUAUGAACCUUCUUUUCAUUACUUAUCUUACCUUGUUUACUUUUCAGGCCCACUUGUUGUUCGUGGAAGAGGACUUUAGUCUAGAGGAUUGUGCCAAAAUGGACGAUCAAAGUUCGGUGGGCUCGUGUGAUGUAGUUCAAGACUACAAACGUUCCAAACAAUCCAAAUCGUCAAAGUCAGCUGGGCAUAACAGGUAAGAAAAAUAAAAAUUUUGCUUGAAUUUGAUUGAUCGUACCGUUUUUCGACGUGAUUUAGGGUCAUAAUGACAUUUUUUGGAAAAUUCGUCAUGAUGACAUGUUUUUUGGAAAAAUCGUCACAAUGACAUCUUUUAUGAAGAUCUUAAAAACGUUUAAUUUUUUAAAUUCUAGCCAACUAAUCGGAGCCCAGCCAAUCCAGCACCACGUCACCGGCGCUCUCCCAGUCAAAAUCAACGCUAGCCGUGUAGCCAAUGCCAAGUACGCGUCGAAUGAAUCUCUGAACUCUUGUGCUUCAUCUCAAACCGAUGUCGAAGACGAAAUCGAGUCGAAGAUGAUCGCCGUACACGAGACUUCACGCGGUUUCUGGAUAGCACUCGUCGUACUGUACAAGAAAUUGGUCGUACUGAGUAUGCACCUGACUGACGAUGAAGAAGUGGCCGGAUCCGGAGACUCGAACUCAGCCACUCCACCACUACAAGACACCAAGAAUGGCAAUAACAAUAACACUAUAGUGAUGACCAAACAGCCAACGGACGUGCAACAGAACUCAGUUUUGGCUAAACUGGCCAACUGUGUGUCGGUGUCGAGAAGGCCGUUGCCUGCUAUGAGUGUGGCUAGGUGUUCGGUUGGAGCGGCGUUUUUGAAUGGCAAAAUCAUUGUUUGUGGUAAGUGGGGGUUGGAGUAAGGGGGGGGAGGGGGUGACUUUUAAACUGAAUUUCAAGAAAAAUUUAAUAUUUUUGGAUUUUUUUACUUUACUAUAGUAAAAAUGGCUUUUAAUUUGUUAUAAUAGAGCCAAAAAGUCUUUUUUAUUUUGGCUUUUUAUAAAAAUGCCAUUUAUUUUGUAAAUAAAGUUUUCGCGGCCUUCCGAAACCCUACCAAAAAAUAUUUAUUUUAAUAAAAAAAAUUGUAAACAAAGUUCUUGCCAAACCCAAAAAAAAAACAAAAAAAAAUGCCAUGUUCGAUCAUUGUAAACAAAGUUAUUGCCAUAAAAUGGAUUUCUGCACUGUGCAGCGUCCUGUUUUGCAUAGUGCGAAUGCGCGAUCUUGUCCGAUCUGGCAAGUUAAGCAACGGUGCACUUGAUUAUAAAAAGUUCGAGGAACAUUGGAUGGAAACAAAGUUUUUGGCGGCUUCUAACAUACCUAGUGUUUGCAUAUUGUAGAUAUAUAACUAUUAGUUUGUUCAAAAAAUUAUGUGUCUUUUUAAAAAGCAAAUUUUUGUGGUAUGAUAUGAGGCACAGAAUUAUGUAAACAACCUAAUAAUAAAACUUAAUUUUUAAAAAUAAUUAUUAAUUUAUCUUCAAAUUAUCAACAAUUUACCUUGUUUCAGGUGGCUACGACCGAGGAGAAUGCCUAAAAACAGUCGAAGAGUUUGAUGUAUUAGGUAACGAAUGGAAGAAGCUGCCUCCAAUGACAUGUGAACGCGGCCGCUUUGACGUAGCCGUGUGUGGCGGCCGAAUAUACGCUGUAGCUGGCUCCAACGGCAACAUCGACUUGAAAUCGGCUGAAGCCUACGACCCGAAAACCGAGAAAUGGCAUCAGAUCCCGACCAUGAUGAAGGGCCGCUCUCAUAACGGAUGUGCUAGCUUGGAUGGCUAUGUCUACAGCUUGGGCGGGUCAAAUGAUCAAAUGGCCUUGAGGGAUUGCGAACGAUAUAACCCAGACAGUGAAUCAUGGGAACCAAUAGCACCAAUGCAACAGGCACGACAACAAGCCGGCUGCACCUCCUGGAAGGGCAUGGUGGUUAGUAUUGGCGGGUGUGACAGAUGGAAUUGCUUGGAUUCGGUCGAGGCUUAUGAUCCAGCGAUUGGACAGUGGAGAACGUUGGCCAGGUUGAGCACGCCAAGAAGGGGAUGUGCUGUGGCGGUGGUUAGAGGUAAGGAUUGGGAAGUUACUGUGCCUUUCCAUACCUUACUCUACUCUUUCUUAACCGUUCUUUUUUAUCUUGACUUACUCUACCCCGUCCUACUUUACCCUGCCAUGCUUUAUCUUAUCCUAUUUUGUACCCUCUCUUCCCUCUAAGUCCAGUCCUAAUGACAUUAUCAACAUAGCUUUAUGAUAUUCUCAUUCCAGAUGCCCUAUACGUUAUUGGAGGUCAUGAUGGACAACAAUCCUUGAAUCUAGUUGAAGUACUGGAUCAUCCUAAUGGUCACUGGAGAACCGCGCCUUCAUUAACAACACCCAGAGCCAAUACUCACGCUGUUGUGACAGCCGGUAAUGCCAUCUAUGUGAUUGGCGGAUUCGAUGGAAAUCAAUUUUUGUCUUCAAUGGAGGUGCUGGAGAAUGGUAAGGAGGAUUGCAUUUGAACUGAAAUUUAAAAUUUUCAAAAUUUUUAAAUAAAAAUUUUUUAAAAUUAAAUUUUUUUUUGAAAUUAUUUAAAAAAUUUUGUUUUUCAGAAUCCAUUGGCUGGCGAGGCUGGAUCCAAACCCGCCUAUCACAAGACAUAGCUGAAGAAGAAGAGGAGGAAGAGCCUCUGCCAAAAGAAAGACCUGACUCAGCGACGCCUCGGGCCGCAGUUUCUGUCAUUUAA